AAAACAGUUUCAAAUUAUUGGCAGCCAAUUUUGGUAGCUGUGCUGUAAUGGCAGACGAAGAUCACAAUGGAUUUAGUGAGUGGGGCGGUUACUUUGAGGCAAAGAAAUCGAAGCUGGAGGAGCAAUUUGCUGCUGCCAGCAAUCCAUUUCGCAAAUCAAAUCUAUUCGAUGGCAUUUCCAUAUUUGUCAAUGGCCUGACCAAUCCCACGGCCGACGAGCUGAAACGUAUAAUGAUGGUGCAUGGGGGCACUUUUCAUCACUAUGAACGAUCGCACACGAAGUUCAUCAUUGCAUCCAAUUUACCCGAUGUGAAGGUGCGCAAAAUGGACACCAGCCGAAUCAUUGCAGCCCAAUGGGUUGUGGAUUGUGUGGAGCAGAACCGUGUGCUCGACUAUAAGCCAUAUCUCUUGUAUACCAAUCAAAAGACGACACAGCCACGUCUCAAUUUCGGAAAGGGCAAGAAGAAUGACUCGACUCUCGACAAUUCAACUGUCGCCGAGGAAACCGAACUGGAUGGCAUACUCAAGGAGCUGCAGCAGGAUGUGGCCACUUCGCCCAAGAAGCACAUCAGCCAUAUCAAUAAUUUAUCUGCUACCACAACGAGCAACCAUCCGAAUAGCAGCCACAGCGCCCGCACCGCCGUUGAUCCAGAGUUCCUCAAUGAGUUCUACAAGAACUCACGUUUGCAUCACAUCGCAACACUUGGUGCCGGUUUCAAGCAAUAUGUGUGUGAGCUGCGUCAGGCACAUGGCAACAAGCCGUUUGUCAAGCGAGGUGAACUUCGUACACUACUAGUUGCUGGCAAGCUGCUGUCAGAAGAUGUCUCCACGAAGACACCUAAACGUUAUGUGAUGCACAUUGAUAUGGAUUGUUUUUUUGUAUCUGUUGGACUGCGUUCGCAUCCGGAUCUUCGUGGCCUCCCCAUUGCGGUGACUCACUCGAAGGGUGGUACCGGUGCCACCGAUGUGCCAGUGCAUCCCCAAGCCAAUCGUCAGGUGGAGCGGGAACUCUUUGCCCAGCGUUUCGAGCAGCAUUUGCAUGACAAUGUGCGAGCGGAUAAGGUGCGCUAUGGGUUCCAGAAGAAUAUGUCCUUGUCGGAGAUUGCCUCGUGUAGCUACGAGGCGCGUGCCAAGGGCAUCAGGAAUGGCAUGUUUGUGGGUCAGGCCCUCAAGCUGUGCCCCGAACUAAAGACCAUACCAUAUGACUUUGAGGGCUAUCGAGAGGUGGCCUUUGCCUUGUACAACACUGUGGCACAGUACACACUCAAUAUCGAGGCUGUCAGCUGCGAUGAAAUGUUUGUGGACUUAACGGAUGUUCUGCAGGAACUCCAAGUGGAUGUGAUGACAUUUGUGACCCAUCUACGCCAGGAGGUGCGUGAUAUAACUGCUUGUCCCUGCUCAGCGGGCGUCGCUGACAACAAACUGCUCGCCCGCAUGGCCACCAAACUGGCUAAGCCCAAUGGACAACAUCUGCUGCAGACGGAAGACGCAGCCAAUUAUAUGGCCACGCUGGCCCUGGAUGUGUUGCCGGGUGUGGGCAGCAGUAUUACCUACAAGCUUAAUCAGGCUGGUUUGAGCAACUGUGCUGAUGUGCAGCAGGUUUCGCUGGUGCGCCUGGAAAUGCUGCUGGGCAAGAAAAUGGCACAGACACUCUAUCAAAACUGUCGCGGCAUCGAUCCACGUCCCUUGGUCUACGAACAGCAACGCAAAUCGAUUUCUGCUGAAGUUAAUUACGGCAUCCGCUUCAGCAAAUACGAAGAGCUGGAGAAGUUUCUCAAACAGCUAAGCGGUGAGGUUCACAGUCGUCUGAUAGAGAUUAAACGCAAGGCCAAAUCUAUCACCUUGAAGCUAAUGGUUCGCGCUGCCGAAGCUCCCGUUGAAACAUCCAAGUUUAUGGGACACGGUAUCUGCGAUAACCAGACAAAGUCUUUGCUACUCAAACAAAGCACUGAUGAUUUGGAAUUCAUUACGCAAAAUGUGCUUAAGCUGAUGAAGGAGUCCGGAUUUCCCCCAAACGAGCUGCGUGGCAUUGGCAUCCAUCUCAGCAAGUUAGAUGAUGUUGUCGAGUCGAAAAAGGAGAAUCUCAUCAUGAAUAUGUUCUCCAAAAUCUCUGAGAAGCAAAAGGAUAAAUCGAUAAAUAUACCAAUCGCAAUCCCAAUCAAGGAACCCUUGGAUAUGAAAGCCAAAUCGGAUAGUACUAAUGUGCUUAGUUUGCUAAAAAACGCAGCAACUAGAAGCAAAUCCAACCCAGCAGCUGCAUUCAAAAUUGCUAAUUUUUUUCAGGUGACUGCAACGGAAUCAAGAAAGCUGGAACCACAAAAAGAUAUUGGACUCAAUAUGACCAAAAAAUCGACGGGCUUUAUUCCAAUUCCAAGCGGGGAGUCAACAAUAGCCAAAUCUGCAGCUAUUUCACAUUUUGAUCCGGAUGUUCUGGCACAGCUGCCAGAGGAAUUACGUCGAGAGAUUCUUAACUCUGCGGAUGAAUAUUUGGCGAUUUCGAAAAGCAACAAUAAUAGAAAAAGGAAAUCGAAUUCGCCUUCGAGCACAGGUUAUUCGUCGUCCUCACCACCGCCGCCACCACCAAUGAUACAUGUUGCUUCCUGGGCUGACUGUUUUUUGAACCGAAGCGAUCUGCAGCCAUCCACAUCGAAAGCGGGUCUGGCCAGGGAAAAUAAGCGUCUGUGUCGUGCAGAUCAAAUUGUGACCAAGUACAUGGAGGAGCUGCCCCAACACAUGCAUCCCGCAAUUCACCAAUAUAUCACGUUAAACAACAAACAGAAGGAUGUGGCGCCAACUGUUGAACAACCGGAGAAGCAAACGAAUAUCUUUGUCAAUCCCAAUUACAAAUCGUUGCUGGCCACCUGGGUGAAAACGGAGGCGGUGCCCAAACCCACCGAUGUGAACCUAAUCUAUUUGAACAUUUGUGAUCUGGUUCUCGACAAUCAAAUGGAUAAAGUCUACGAGAUCAUGAAGUACUUUUGUUGCAUCGUUAAAACGAAGAGACGCAAUUCAUGUUGCUGGCACAUGGCCUACAAUGAGAUCGAGUCCAACAUACAGGAGAAGGUGCAGGAGAUUCUCGACUGUCACAUCUACAUUAGGGAAGCAAUCGAUUGCUGCAAGUGCCAGAGCUUUAGAAGCUAAUUCCUGGAGUACAAAUGUUCCUUAAUUGUACCCUUUGAAUGUCACUUAAACGGCAUGUUUCUUGUGGUAAUUACAUAUGACUCAUGUAGAAAUAAGCAUUUUUGUAAUAUCUACGCACAGUAUUCUAAGAGAAGAAAAAUUAACAAAAAUGUUAAUAUUUUA